GAGCAGAGACAGGGCGGAAGCGGUCACAGAUACAGGAAGACUACAGACACGGAACCGAGGCACCAUAAACACACCCACUGUAGAAAAGCUGCUGUCGGACAGAAUUACGGUUUGCCGCAGAAAGAAGGUAUGGCAGAGCUGGCAAGUCUGGUGCAGCGGUUGGAGGUGGCUGUGGGCCGUCUGGAGGCCGUAUCUGGCAGUGGAGGUGCAGGCGGCUCUGCUGCUGGCACUGGAGCUGUGUCUGCAUACGUCGAGGCCUUUGAUGCCCUAAUCUCUGGACCUGUGGCUGAAUACAUCGGUCUGAGUCAGAAGAUAGGUGGAGAUGCCCAGAAGCAUGCUGAGAUGAUGAAGCAAGGCUUUACCUGUCAGCGGCAGCUUCUGGUGACUGCUUCCUGCUCCCAGAAGCCCUCUGAUGCUACCCUGACAUCCCUGCUGGCUCCGGUGUCUAAAGUGAUCCAGCAGGUGCAGUCGUUCCGGGAGCAGAAUCGCUCAUCUCCGCAUUUCAACCACCUCUCAGCCGUCAGCGAGAGUGUGCCUGCCCUAGGCUGGGUUGCCAUGUCCCCUAAACCAGGUCCUUAUGUCAAGGAGAUGCAGGACGCUGCCAUGUUCUACACAAAUCGUGUGCUUAAGGAUUACAAAGAAAAGGACAAAACACACGUGGACUGGGUGAAGGCCUAUCUGUCCAUUUGGACUGAACUGCAGACCUACAUCAAGCAGCAUCACACCACUGGACUGGUGUGGAACAAGACUGGUCCUGUUGCCUCAGCCUCAGGAGCUCCCAGUGCCCCCAGCGGUGGAGCUCCUCCUCCCCCUCCCCCUGGUCCCCCACCUCCACCCAUGGAUCUGAACCUGUCUGCAGGCGGAGGAGAUACAGCAUCAACCAACCGCAAUGCUCUCUUUGCCUCCCUUAAUAAGGGAUCCGACAUUACUAAAGGGCUGAAGCAUGUGUCUGAUGACCAGAAGACUCACAAGAAUCCGAAUUUGAGGUCUCAGGCAGGUCCUGUGCACACAGGCCCCAAACCAUUCACCGCUCCCCGGCCAACUGCGACUACCGCCCCUGCCCGUAAGCUGCCCCCAGUGCUGGAGCUGGAUGGCAAAAAAUGGAAAGUGGAAAACCAGGAGGGAGCUCAGGGACUUGUGAUCAGCGACACAGAGCUCAAACAGGUUGUUUAUGCCUUCAAGUGCAACAACAGCACUCUGCAAGUAAAGGGAAAAAUCAACUCCAUCACUAUAGAUAACUGCAAGAAAAUGGGCCUUGUGUUUGAUGACGUUGUGGGGAUCAUUGAGGUGAUCAACUGCAAGGAUGUUAAAGUCCAGGUUAUGGGCAAGGUACCGACCAUCUCAAUCAAUAAGACUGAUGGCUGCCACGUGUACCUGAGUAAGGACUCUCUAUCUUGUGAGAUCGUCAGCGCUAAGAGCUCAGAGAUGAACGUGCUGGUGCCUGGCAAAGAUGGAGAUUAUACUGAGAUCCCAGUCCCUGAACAAUUCAAAACUGUAUGGGAUGGCAGUAAGCUGGUCACCACAGCAACUGAGAUUGCAGGAUAGAGGAUCCACCUUGUUUGUAAGACCGCCCCCUUAACCAAUGCCACCUGACUGACUGACCAACCAACCAACCAGCCAAUCAUAAGUGAGACUGAAAUGCCAACCAUGUCCACACUUCCUGUCGGCCAAUCACAGCUGCGGCUGUACCUUCCUUCAGCCAACAAGAUGACUGCUUGCUUAAUUUGGCACAGUCCCUCAGCCAGGGGCAGAGAUCGACUCUUCAUUCCAUUUGAUAUCAUUAGAUAGCACUUCCAAACUAAUUGCCAACAAUCAACUUGUUUUGCUACUUUUAUUUUUUAAGCAUUCCACCCAAACUGGGGAAAAAAUAAAUGUGAACAGCCAAAAUGAUGCAAUGAUUUGUUUGACACUCCUUAGUACUGUCUUAAUUUCUCAGUCGUGUGAAUGGAUGUGUUUCUCAUUUGCUUUCUGUGGUCAGGGGGCAGAUAUGUUGGGGUGGGGUUGGGUGUUUGAGUCCUUGUGCGUUUUUGUUCUUAUAUAUGCAAUUCAGUCCUGAAGCACACAUGUACACCCCCUUCCUUUCAGACAACUAUGAUGCUACCACUUUAGACAUUGACGAUGACUUUCUGGAGAUAUAAUUAUAACGAUCUGUGUCAUCACCACCAUUAGAUGACUGAUUUAGAAAAAGACAAAUUAUGUGCAGGACCACUGUCUUUUCUAUCAUAACACUGAAGUAAAAAUAGUAGUAAUGAUUGUGGCAGUAUGAACAAAUCUCAUUCCUUUCCAUUUAGCAUUAUAUUCCACAGCACACAGCACAUUCCCUACAGCACUGUAAUGUUAAAGGCCAUAAUGUGUAAUAUAAAAUAAAAGGUACCAUUUAAAAAUUGGAUGUUUAUUCAAAAAUGUCCUUUCAAUUUAUUUUAUUUCCAAAAAAGAACAAAACUGGAUAUUUAAACAUUGAUACGGUUAAAGGAUUACUGUAAAUGCAUCUGAUCAUUUUGUUGUAGCAGGGGUGAGCUGCUUCCUGUGAUAGCUGCAGAGUUAUCUCCUGCUACGGUCAGCUUACAAAUCUGUAUAGACCCUGUAGACAAUGGUUUUUGUUUGCCACCUAGAUUUGUAAAAACCCUCACCACAGGAUUUUACCUGUUCAUCAUUUGACUAUUUAAAGCCUUUUCCUCUCAUAGCACUCAGGCCAUGUGGAAUUUCUUUUUUUUUUUUAUCAUUUGUCUUUUCGUUUUUUUCUUUCUUAUUUGGCAAAGAAUGAAAAUUCUGCUCAUUAAUACUGGAGGAAGAUAUCAUUAAAGUGGUAAAUUUAAUGUCA